UGUUCUACCCGUGCCUGCGUAGGUUUGCUCCGGGCACUCCGGUUUCCUCCCACAUCCCAAAAACAUGCAUUCAUUGGAGAUUCUAAAUUGCCCGUAGGCGUGACUGUGAGUGCGAAUGGCUGUUUGUUUCUAUGUGCCCUGUGAUUGGCUGGCAACCAGUUCAGGGUUUACCCCGCCUCCUGCCCGAUGACAGCUGGGAUAGGCUCCAGCACACCCGCGACCCUUGUGAGGAGAAGCGGCUCAGAAAAUGGAUGGAUGUUUGUAAGCGGUUCGGAAGAUGAAUGGAUGAAUGUCACACUUUAAAUGUUUCCCAUCAUCAAACACAUUUAAAUAUUACAACACAAGUAAACACAAAAUGCAGUUUUAAAAUGUUUUUUUUUAUUAUUAACGGGGAAAAAAAAUGUAAAAUCCAAACCUACACGGCCCUGUGUGAAAACGUGAUUACCCCCCCGCCCCUGCCCCCCUACCUGUUAAAACAUAACUGGUUUAUCAUACCUGAGUUCCACACCCAGGCCUGAUACUGCCACAUGUGUUAUCAAACAAGAAAUCGCUUAAAUAGGACCUGCCUGACAAAUUGAAGUAGACCAAAAGAUCCUCAAAAGCUAAAGAUCAAGCCGAGAUCUAAAGAAAUUCAGGAACAAAUGAGAAAGAAAGUAAUUGAGAUCUUUCAUUCUGGAUAAGGUCAUGAAGCCAUUUCUAAAGCUUUGGGACUCCAGCAAACCACAGUGAGAGCCAAUAUCCACAAACGGCAAAAACAGAACAGUGCUGAACCUUCCCAGGAGUGGCCGCUCAACCAAAAUUAGCCCAAGAGCGCAGCGACAACUCAUCCAAGAGGUAAUAAAAGACCCCACAACAAAAUCCAAAGAACUACAAAGCUCACUUACCUCUGUUAAGCUCAGUGUUCAUGACUCCACCAUAAGAGACUAGGCAAAAAUUGCCUGCAUGGCAGAGUUCUAAGACAAAAACCACUGCUGAGCAAAAACAACAUUCAUUUUGCCAGAAGACAUCUUGAUUAUCCCCAACUGAACUUUUGGAAAUUGUGUGUCCCAUUACAUCUGGUGUAAAAGUAACACCGCAUUUCAGAAAAAGAACAUUAUAACAACAGUCAAAUAUUUGUCUGGGGCUGUUUUGCCUCUUCAGGACCUGGAAGACUUGCUGUGAUAAAUGGAACCAUGAAUUCAGCUGUCUACCAAAAAAAUCCUGAAGGAGAAUGUCCGGCCAUCUGACUGUGACUACAAACUGAAACCAACUUGGGUUCUGCAACAGGACAAUGAUCCAAAACACAUCAGCAAGUCCACCUCUGAGUCCAGUCUCCCUACUGUGUGUAUGUUUUACAGCUAAAUGUGCUUUUUAUAGUAUUCAACUAAGCAGUGAUGCUAAACUGUCAUUUUCAUUGCAUAAAACUAGUAAUUCACAUAUUUAACAUUGAAUUACCCCUAUGUUGUUAUUAUUACAGAUGCUACUAUUACUACUACUAAUAUACAAUAUACACUCCUUCAACUCUGUACUGUCAACAUUUGACCUUAUUCUGGACCUUCAGACCACACUGCAAUGACUUUUAUUCUAUCUAUCUAUCUAUCGAUCUAUCUAUCUAUCGUUCUAUCGUUCUAUCUAUCUAUCAUUAUGGGAGUAAUGCUACAUACUACCGUUUUCAUCAAUACUUUGUCAACAAAAUACACCCAAGAGGCUCAAACGGCUAAAAAGCUGUUGAACUUGGUGCUUCAGUCCUAAAGUUAUAUUAUAACUGUGUUCUAUGUUGUAAAAAGUGGAUUUUAUGCUGAACAGUCCACAUUUUCACUUUGUUGACAACUUUGACAGCUGCUCCACGUGCUCGUCUGUUUACAUUCAUACUGGGGAGUCACGUGAGCACCCCAGCUCGCCCUCCCAUUGGCCGAGCGUCGCAGCGACUCCGCCCCCAAACGCGGAAGUUCCUCCUGCAUUGGGUGAAAAAUGGUGCAAAAAUGCCCCCUUUCGACCAUGUAUUCGUCCCUUUUGUAUCCGGGAUGACUUCGGGGGGCCCGCCGCGUCGUUUGAACCUAACCGGAACAAACGAAAAGUCGUAUUUCCGUGGGAAAAACACCAUCAAGUGCGAGCGCCGAUUGGAACGAAUGCAAUCUGCCGGUGGUAAACGACCAAAAAAGCUCGCCGGAUUGGCUAAUGUUCGUUCCGAAGAAGCGUUUUCAUUCCGGCGGCUGUGGUUUCGCGCGGACGCGUCGUUUAGAGAAUAUUUCCGCUCGUUUUCGAACUUGUGAGCGGGUUUCCGUGCGAAGCGGGAGUACGCAUGCGCAGGCGGAUAUGCGGAUUGGCGCCGGCGCCGCAGCUGAUCCGCUCUCGCUCAUUCAUUCUUCCCCCUCGCAGCAGACGCACAAAUCCCGUCACCACCACCAUGUCCAGGCGCAGUGAUCGCAUCACCCUUCAAGCCAGAGACUCAAACACGCCCGAACCCGCCAUCAGAGCGCCGCUGAGGAAAAGAAAGUCCGAGCCCUCCAAGAAGAAGAGUCAACCCGCUGCCAAGAAACAAAGCUGCUAUGAAAUUCAGAAGUGUUGGUCAGAGGACGGAGCGAGCCCGUGCAUCCUCAUCGAGACGCCGCACAAAGAACUGGAGCCUGCCGACCCGUCCAGCUUCAAGCAGUACCGCUUCAAGAACCUCUUCAUCAAGGCUUCGCCCCUACCUCGCCUCAGUUGGGCCAGCUCGGACGACGUGUGGAUCAAGAUGCUCAACAAGGAUCUCAAGUACGUUCACGACAAGAGUUACAUGCAGAGACACCCCAAACUGCAACCCAGCAUGAGGGCCAUCCUCCUCGACUGGAUACUGGAGGUGAGCGAGGUAUACUGCCUCCACCGGCAGACGGCGUACUUGGCGCAGGACUUCUUCGACCGCUUCAUGCUGACUCAGGAGGACGUCAACAAGGACUACCUGCAGCUAAUAGGCAUCACCGCGCUCUUCAUCGCCUCCAAGAUUGAGGAGAUCUACCCGCCCAAAAUCUGCGAGUUUGCUUACGUGACGGAUGGCGCGUGCGACACGUGGGACAUCCAGUGCACCGAGCUUCAGAUCCUCAAGGCGUUGGACUGGAAUCUUUGUCCUGAGACUCCCAUCUCCUGGCUGAAGCUCUAUGCUCAGGUGGAGGCCCAGAAGGACAGCGAAAACUUCCUGGUGCCGCAGUUCUCGCAGGAAACGUACAUCCAGAUCACGCAGCUGUUGGACUUGUGCAUGAUGGACAUCGGCUCACUAGACUUCAGCUACAGCGUUCUCGCUGCCGCUGCAUUCUGCCACUUCUCCACCUUCGACAUCGUCAACAAAGUGUCUGGCCUGACGUGGGAGAGCGUGUCUGCAUGCGUGCGGUGGAUGAGCUCCUUUGUGGAUGUGUUGCGCUCGGAGGCCAAACCUCAGCUCAAGACCUUCGCCAAAGUGAACGCCGAAGACCGACACAACAUCCAGACGCACAUCACCUACUUGGACUUCCUGAGAAAAACUCAAGAGCGCCAGACUACGGACGCCGACGAUUGCCCGCUCUCACCAAUGGUUGCCGUGGCACCCGUCUUGACUCCGCCCAGUAGCACGGAGAAACCGCCCAACCACUGAACAGGGGGGAUCUAGGCGGCCAUUUUAGCAGCCCCCAAAAAAAAAAAGAACAAGUUUAACUUAAAUACACAAAAUGAGA